CUCCCGCCGCCGCGCCGCUACCCGCCGCUGACGGACCAUGUUUGACGGCUGCCUCCUGCCGUUUGUGUUUCCCUGCCUGCUGCUCUGCGGACUGGGCGCCGGCACAGCUGGCGGAGCGGAGCUGGAAGUGGUGAUCCCGGAGCGAGUGGCGCUGGAGAAGAUCCACCUGCUGCCGCCCGCCGUGCGAGGGGAUCGCAGCGGCCCCCGGCGCCGGCGGGCACUGCCGCGGCAGCGGACGGCGGCCGAGGCCUUGCUGCUCCGCCUGCCCGCCGCCGGCGCCGAGCUCUACCUGCACCUCCGCCGCGACCUGCGCUUCCUCGCCCGGGACUUCGUGGUGGAGCAGCGGCGCGGGGAGGCGCGGCGGCCCCCGGAGGAGCGGCUCUGCUUCUACACGGGACACGUCCUGAACCGCACCGACUCCUUCGCCUCUCUCAGCACCUGCGCCGGGCUGGUUGGCUAUAUCCAGCUUGGAUCAGAGCACAUGCUGAUACAACCAGUGAAUACAUCAGAGACCUCAUUUAGUGGGAAAGAACACUUCAUCAGGCGCAGACGAUCCACCAAGUCAAGCCAUCCCAUGAAGUCGCACGUUCCUGAUGAGCACUGCAAGGUUGUAGCAGAAAAGAAGAGACAAAAGAAAAUGAAAUCAACCAGUGACUGGAGGGAGAGAAGAAACGCCAUUCGACUCACCAACGAGUACACAGUAGAAACCCUGGUGGUGGCAGAUGCUGAUAUGGUCCAAUACCACGGUGCAGAGGCUGCCCAAAGAUUCAUCCUCACAGUUAUGAAUAUGGUGUACAACAUGUUUCAACAUCAAAGUCUUGGAAUUAAAGUCAGCAUUCGAGUGACCAAACUAGUCCUGCUUCGCAACCGUCCUGCAAAGUUGUCCAUUGGUCAUCAUGGAGAGAGGUCUCUGGAGAGCUUUUGUCAAUGGCAAAAUGAAGAAUAUGGUGGGGCAAAAUACCUUGGUAACAACCAGGUUCCUGGAGCGAGGGAUGACACCCCUCCCGUGGAUGCUGCUGUGUUUGUAACCAGGACAGAUUUCUGCGUACACAAAGACGAGCCUUGUGACACUGUGGGAAUUGCUUACCUGGGAGGUGUCUGCAGUGCCAAGAGGAAGUGUGUUCUUGCUGAAGACAAUGGUCUCAAUCUGGCGUUUACAAUUGCGCAUGAACUUGGGCACAACAUGGGAAUGAGCCAUGAUGAUGAUCACCAGCCCUGCGCAGGGAGGUCUCACAUUAUGUCUGGAGAAUGGGUGAAGGGCAGGAACCCAAGUGACCUUUCCUGGUCUUCCUGCAGCCGCGAUGACCUCGAAAACUUCCUAAAGUCCAAGGUGAGCACCUGCCUGCUGGUGACAGACCCGCGCAGCCGGUACGCGGUGCGGCUCCCUCACAAGCUGCCGGGAAUGCACUACAGUGCCGAUGAACAGUGCCAGAUACUGUUUGGGACCAAUGCUACGUUCUGUAAGAAUAUGGAGCAUUUGAUGUGUGCUGGGCUCUGGUGCCUGGUGGAAGGAGAUACAUCCUGUAAAACAAAGUUGGACCCCCCUCUGGAUGGCACCGAAUGUGGCGCAGACAAGUGGUGCCGAGCUGGGGAGUGUGUCAGCAAAACUCCCAUCCCUGAGCACGUUGAUGGAGACUGGAGCAUGUGGAGUCAGUGGAGCAUGUGCAGCCGGACGUGUGGCACAGGAGUGCGGUUCAGGCAGCGGAAAUGCGACAAUCCCCCCCCGGGGCCAGGCGGGAAGAACUGCCGGGGAGCCAGCGUGGAGCACACUGUGUGUGAGAACUUACCCUGCCCUAAGGGCGUGCCAAGCUUCAGGGACCAGCAGUGCCAGGCCCAUGACAGAUACACCAACAAGAAGAAAAGCCUCCUGACAGCUGUCAUCGUUGAUGAUAAACCAUGUGAGCUCUUCUGCUCUCCUUUGGGGAAGGAUUCCCCUGUGCUGGUGACAGACAGAGUCCUUGAUGGUACUCCAUGUGGGCCUUACGAGACUGACCUCUGUGUACAUGGCAAGUGCCAGAAAAUUGGCUGCGAUGGAAUCAUUGGCUCAGCUGCCAAAGAGGAUCGCUGUGGAGUCUGCAGUGGUGAUGGCAAAACCUGUAAAGUGGUGAAAGGCGACUUCAACCACACCAAGGGGAUGGGUUACAUCGAAGCAGCUGUGAUCCCUGCAGGUGCCCGGCGGAUCAGAGUGGUUGAGGAUAAACCUGCUCACAGCUUUCUGGCUUUAAAAGAUUCCAGUAAGAGAUCCAUUAACAGCGACUGGAAAAUUGAGCUUCCUGGUGAGUUUCAGAUCGCAGGCACUACUGUCCGGUACGUGCGAAGGGGUCUGUGGGAGAAAAUCUCUGCCAAAGGACCAACUAAAAUACCACUGCACUUGAUGGUGCUGUUAUUUCAUGACCAGAAUUAUGGAAUUCAUUACGAAUACACCAUUCCUGUAAACUAUACUGCUGAAAACAGAAGCGAGCCAGAAAAGCAACAGGAUUCCUUGUACAUCUGGACGCACAGCGGAUGGGAAGGGUGCAGUGUGCAGUGUGGAGGAGGUGAAAGGAAAACCAUUGUGUCCUGUACUCGAAUCAUUAACAAGACCAUGACACUGGUGAAUGACAGUGACUGCCAGCGAGUGAAUCGCCCCGAGCCCCAGGUCAGGAAAUGUAACACACACCCCUGCCAGUCACGGUGGGUGACUGGCCAUUGGAGUCCCUGCUCUGCUACUUGUGAGAAAGGUGUCCAGCACCGGGAAGUGACUUGUGUUUAUCAGCUGCAAAAUGGCACCUACGUUAACACGAGAGACCUCUACUGCCUUGGCAACAAACCAACAACAGUACAAAGCUGUGAAGGACGGGACUGCCUGUCUAUCUGGGAAGCAUCAGAGUGGUCAAAGUGCUCAGCAGACUGUGGCAGAGGGAUUCAGAAGAGAACAGUGACAUGCACAAAUUCUCAAGGAAAAUGUGAUGCAGCCACCAGGCCAAGAGAUGAAGAAGAGUGUGAGGAUCACACAGGCUGUUACGAAUGGAAGACAGGCGAUUGGUCUAAGUGCUCCUCAACCUGUGGGAAAGGCCUCCAGUCACGCGUGGUCCAGUGUAUGCACAAAGUCACCGGUCGCCAUGGCAGUGAGUGCCCUGUCCUGUCCAAGCCAGCGGCCUACAGGCAGUGCCACCAAGAGGUCUGCAAUGAGAAGAUAAACGUCAACACAAUUACCUCGCCCAGACUUGCUGCUCUCACGUACAAGUGCACAGGCGACCAGUGGACAGUGUACUGCAGGGUGAUCCGGGAGAAGAACCUGUGCCAGGACAUGCGGUGGUAUCAGCGCUGCUGCCAGACUUGCAGAGACUUUUAUGCAAACAAGAUGCAGCAGAAGAGUUAAUGAACCUGUGCUACUUCUUAGAGCAUUACAGCUAUUUGUGUGUAAAUCACGGACUAGUAGGUCUGAGUACUGGAACUUCAUGAGUUGCUACAGUGUGGUGGAUUCCAAAGCAUACCUAGUAAGACUUGAAACUAAUUCUACAGACUGCAUACCAAAGUAAUCCACCCAUCCACCUUAAAAAAACACAAACAGAAAAAGUCAUCUCAAGGAGCCAAUCAUUUUAUGGUAUUUUGACAUCCUUACAUUUUUCAUUAAUGCUUUUUACUUUAAUAUAUUAAAUCACCAGCCACUGGAUGGCUUGCUACCAUUAAAGAAAAGGACAAGAGUUGCAAAGUGAUUACAUUGACUAAGGUUAUGGGUACCCCCAUGGAGGAAGGCCUCUGGCAAAAUAAUCCAGCAAAGGUAGAGACAUUACUUAAAUCUUUUAAUCUUGGCUUUCAUCUGAUGUUUUCAGUUCCCAACAGUUAUCCCACUGUGGAGCAGGCUUGGAGGGACACACGUAAAUGAAAAGCUUAAUUUAAAGAGAGGAUUUGCUGUAAAAGCCUGUGAAAACUGAUAGCAGAGGAUGAACAUCUCUGAAAUUCCUGCAGAAAACUCAGUACAAUUAUAUCCAGCAUUCCAAGUCAUAUAUUUUAGAGACGCUAAUCAGGACUGCUCUUCUUUCUCAUUUUAAAAAACAAUCCUCUCUCUCUUUUCCCCAUAAUAAUAGAGUUUCUCUUAUGAAACCUAUUUGUUCUCUGAGCUUAAUGAAAUGGAAGCUUAUUAACAGCCAUAGAUAGUUAUUUUUAGGCACAAACUAUUGAAAUGAGAUGGGAGAAGCGAGAAAUAAUUUCCUCAGGUAGAGCUCACUGAGAGUUUUCUUGGUCUAAUCUCUCUCUAGUUUUCAGAAGUCAAUCAGAUAAUAAGGCUGAAUGCUGUGUUUUUAAGAGGACCAUGAAACUGGAUAGGGUUGGUACAAAACCUGGAUUUGGAGCAAACUUUGUGUGAAGAAACACAAACAGCAGAACAAGUGUUUCCUAUCUCUUGGCUCUUGUAUACAUCUGAGGUUGUGUGGCCUUUUGAGUCAAAAGGAGUCAGGGAUACAAGACAUUCAAAGUGUAAUCUUGAGCUUGUUGAAGCCAUAAGACCAAGACUUCAAUUGCCUUCAACAAGGGUUAGGAGGUUAGGAUUGUACUCACUGUAUUUUAAUGCUUCCUGUCUUCUGUGGUGCUAUCAGGUUUGGUGCUAUCAGAUUGGUGCUAUCAGAGCACUCAGCAAGUGCUGCAUAAACGACACUCUCUUCCAUGUCUCUGCACUUUAAACCAAACUCCUCUCUGAGAUGUGAGACUUGAAACAAGAGCUCUACCCAGGGCAGAGUUUGUCCUCUCUGUUAGUCAUACAGACCAAUGUCUCCCUAUCAUACCUUGCUCCAACAUGUAUCAUUUCCCUUGCCAGGGUCCAAGGCCAGUUGUGCAAGGGUGGUUAAGUUACAGUCCACUCUUCAGGAUACAAACAGCAAUUUGGAUGAAUUGCAGCUUUGUACUCGCUCUAGAACUGCCUGUUACUGUUUUUUCUGUGGAGAUGAGUGCAGAACUAAGCCCAGCCACUAGCCCCAGCCCCUGGGCCAAUCUGGGUUGCAGCUCCCACUUGUCCUCAAGUUGUCUUUGUUGCUGUUGUCUCUUUUUUCAAUGCAAGAAGGAAUAAGGACUCUUAGUAUCUAACUUUUUCUUCCUUAUUACAGUCCUUUCAAUAUUCAGGACCUCACUGGAAUAACUCAUUAGCAUUUUAUUAAGGGCUAAGUUUUUCAAGCACAGGAAGCUAAUAUUCAUUAACAGACUAAUAGUGCGUGGGCUUCACAUUAUCAUCCAUGCUUACUAGUGCAAAUAAGCAUGUGUGUGCACCAGGGUUGGCCUAUAUGCACAAAGGCACCUUUGCACACAGUUUUUUCUCAAGUGCCUGUCUCAAACAGAUCUGCUUUCCAAUGCCCCAGAUGAUUUUCUCUGUCAGGGAAAUGAUGCAAACUUGGUUUUUUGUUAUACUGAAUGUUCUUUUGGCAUCUUAUAGUCAGGAUCAGACCUCCUCCUUCUGUUAUUUCCGCCCUUUAGCCCAAGUGCAGAGAUUGUGUAGCUACUUAGCAAAUAAUCAAUAGAAGAUGUUACUGGCAGAGGUGACCUGGAAGAUUUAGACAAUACCACAGCGAUUUUCAUUUAGGCAAAUUAAUAUGUAGAUGAACUGCUAAUGAAGAAGUUCCAAGAGAUCAGACAUAGCCCAGAGGACUGGAUUCAUACUGGUAAUUCACAGUGGUAGCUUUCGCCCUUGCGGGCUGUCAUACCCUGCAGUGACACUGUCCUUGCUGCCUCCCCACCACCACAACCACCUCACAACAGUUUGGCUGAGAUGGUCCCUGACAUCCUUCACUUGGAGUUUGUUUUUCUUUUAACGGGCAACAUUUGCCCACGAAGUGGCCCAACCCAAUGAAACGCCAUCCCCUUGCUGAUCAUUGUGGCAUCACUAACACUCACGGUAGGCUGUUGAAGGAUUUGCCAUCAAAAGGCUUGGAAGAAAAGCAUGUGCAUUUAUUUCUAAUGGGAAUCAAAGGCCUUUAAAUAGCAGGGGUCAUUUUUCCUUCUGGCGCUGAUGUGUCACCCUCUCUAGGCAAUAGGAGGGCUCCUAGAAAGGUGCGCAGGAGAGGGAAGAUUUUAAUUCUUAUGGUUUUCAGUAAUUGUUCACUACUUGCCACUGUCCAGAAGAGGAUUCUAGGCUAAUUAGACAUGUGGCCUGUCCCAGUACGCUAGGUCCUGCACUUCAAAGGACAUCUGGGUCCAAGUUCUCAGUCCUACCUAAGGAAACAUGAAUUUACAAGGAAUUCUUUCGAAUGUCUGAGCACUGAAAAAAACCACCUCACUUGCUCUCACAGCCUAUAGAUUAGUGUGCAUUGACCUUUAGGGUUUUUAUAAUCAGAAACCAACUUUAAUUAAACACUGAUGGCACAACACAGCUCCAUGUUAUUACAUUCACAUGGUGACAACCUUCCCACUUUAUUAUAGCCAGAAAAAUAAUAAGAAGAAAAAAAUCCAAUUCUAUUCAAUACUCCUGCACUUCUGUUUUGUAUCAUUUUAUAAGAGGUUUAAUAUGGAUUUACAGCUAUGCUCUGCCCUUGGUUACUACAUACUGGUGAAAAGAAAGCUGUUUGUUUCAGUGUAUCUAUGACAAUACUUCUUUUAGUUGUUCGUAAGAGAUUGAUGCUCUUUUGAUUACAGUGGUGGUAUUUCCAUAUUGUAAACAAUACUCUGUACUGUUACUAAAGUACUGUACAUUUCUAGUUGCACAAUUGUGUUAUUGAGUGUAGAUUCUCACUAGCUCAUGUAUGGUGCUAUUUUUUGUUGGUGGAAAAGAAUCUUAGCAGUCGGUUAUUGCUUGAUAUUUUAUUAUAAUACAGGGAUAUAUUCUCCAUGGCAAUAAUAUCAUUUAAGUUUUUCAUUACAGAGUGAAAUGUAUAUAUUUUUCCAUUAGCUAAUUUGCAUAUGUACUGUAUCCAUGGUAAUUUUCUUUUUGGUGCUGGUUAUAAAUAGAAAAGAUAAAAACAGUCCAACUGAAUGGAACCAGUUGUAAAUGAAAGCCAAGGAAAAGAAAAAAAGAGGAUCAUUCCAUUUUGGAAAAAAAAUUGAGUAUGUUGAAUAAUAAAUUUAUUUUUUCCAUAACAACUUCAAUAAGGUUUCUGAACUUCAAAAAAAUACAAAGCAAACCAAACAGCUAGCAUGAAAAUUAAGAGAAAGGAGUGAUGCUGUAAGUAGUACAUUAUGCAUCUGUCUAAUGCUGGACUGAGACUGGGAUUCGGUUAAGUCCAACUGUUUGAUAGCUGUGGUAGGUGUAAAAGGUCAUUUGUCAGUAGAGUUCUGGCAUCUCAGAGUUCCCAGUACACUAACAAAUCAAGAAAUGAUGGGUCUUGUCCCGGCUGGGUUGCAAAAUAAAGUACAGGGAAUGUUAAUACCUGAUGAAUGCCUUGUGAGGUCUGUGGUCAGUGAGGCAACAGCAGAAAAUGCCUGUCUGCAAAAAGUGCGCCAGGCUCUGUUUAGGGCAUCGCCGUGGAAGGCUGAGCAGGCUGUGGGGAAGCUAAAGCUUGUGCAUGAGGGGAGGGACGUUUUGUGAGUGCUUUGCAGAAAGGUUGCUUUCAAUGUAUGCUGGAGCUGAGGUGAAGUGGCAGCUUGCUCUGUGUUUAAUGGUAGUGGCUCCAUGGGCGCAACCUGAUAAUGAAGACUGCUGAGCAUGUGCAAAUUUAUAUUGGAGCAAAACUAUCCCAUCCAUUGGAAAGGUAUCUACAUAACCUAGCUGCACACUUCCCUGGUGUAAAAUAAACGGAAUUACUUCAGU